AUGAAAGAGAAAUCCAAAAACGCUGCCCGAACUAGGCGGGAGAAAGAAAACAGCGAAUUCUACGAACUGGCCAAGCUUCUGCCAUUGCCUUCGGCUAUUACCUCGCAAUUGGACAAGGCCUCCAUCAUUCGGCUCACUACCAGCUACUUAAAAAUGAGGGUGGUGUUCCCGGAAGGACUCGGGGAGGCCUGGGGCCACACAAGUCGAACCAGCACCCUGGACAACGUUGGUCGCGAACUGGGGUCCCACCUGCUUCAGACUUUGGACGGUUUCAUUUUUGUGGUAGCUCCUGACGGCAAGAUCAUGUAUAUCUCGGAGACUGCCUCGGUGCACUUGGGUUUAUCGCAGGUAGAGCUGACCGGCAACAGCAUUUACGAAUACAUCCACCCGGCCGAUCAUGACGAGAUGACCGCUGUCCUCACCGCUCAUCAGCCCUACCAUUCCCACUUCGUUCAGGAGUACGAGAUCGAGCGCUCCUUUUUCCUCCGGAUGAAAUGCGUCUUGGCCAAGAGGAACGCGGGCCUCACCUGUGGAGGCUACAAGGUGAUUCAUUGCAGUGGUUACCUAAAGAUCCGGCAGUAUAGCUUGGACAUGUCCCCUUUUGAUGGUUGCUACCAAAAUGUUGGACUGGUGGCAGUGGGCCACUCCUUACCCCCCAGUGCUGUGACGGAGAUUAAGCUGCACAGCAAUAUGUUUAUGUUUCGGGCCAGCCUGGAUAUGAAGCUUAUCUUCCUUGAUUCACGGGUAGCUGAGCUGACUGGUUAUGAACCUCAGGACUUGAUUGAGAAGACACUGUACCACCAUGUCCAUGGUUGCGACACUUUCCAUUUGCGCUGCGCUCACCACCUGCUGCUAGUGAAAGGGCAAGUCACCACUAAAUAUUACCGUUUCCUGGCCAAACAAGGUGGCUGGGUCUGGGUGCAGAGCUACGCCACCAUCGUUCACAACAGCCGGUCUUCCCGGCCCCAUUGCAUCGUCAGCGUCAACUAUGUGCUCACGGACACAGAAUACAAAGGACUUCAACUCUCCCUCGAUCAAGUUUCGGCUACAAAACCGGCCUUCCCAUAUGCAAAUUCAAUUCCAACUAUAACUGACAAUAGAAAAGGAAGCAAAUCACGUCUCUCUGGCACAAAGUCCAAAUCUAGGACAUCACCUUAUCCACAGUAUUCUGGAUUUCAUACAGAACGAUCUGAAUCUGAUCAUGAAAGCCAGUGGGGUGGAAGUCCACUGACUGACACUGCAUCUCCACAAUUAAUGGAUCCCACUGAAAGACCAAACUCUCAGCAUCAUGAUGUUUCCUGUGCCUAUAGACAAUACUCGGAUCGUGGUGCCCUCUGCUAUGGUUUUGCAGUUGACCAUUCUAGGUUAGCGGAUGAUAGACACUUCCAUACUCAAGCCUGUGAAGGGGGCAGGUGUGAGGCUGGUCGGUACUUUCUUGGCACACCACAGCCUGGAAGGGAAGCAUGGUGGGGUUCUCGAUCUGGCCUUCCCCUAACCAAAUCUUCUCCAGAAAGCCGAGAAGCCUAUGAAAGCAACAUGCCACACAUAACAUCCAUUCACAGGAUUCAUGGACGAGGGCACUGGGAUGAAGAAAGUGUGGUUAGUUCCCCAGAUCCUGGUUCGGCUAGUGAGUCAGGGGACCGAUACCACUCUGAGCAGUAUCAGGGCAGCCCACAUGAGCCCAGCAAAAUUGAAACUCUAAUUAGAGCGACUCAGCAAAUGAUUAAAGAAGAAGAGAACAGGCUACAGCAGCGGAAAUCCACCCCCGAUCAGCUGGUUUCGAUGAAUGGAACUGGGAAAAAGCACUCUGUUUGUUUUACAAACUACCAUCAGCAGCAACAGCUGAGAGAAGCCUGCCGAGUCCCCAGCAUCACCACUACACCUCCUUGUGAACACACACAGCAACCGCGGGAUGGGAAACUGAUGAGCCCCCAGGAGAACGACUAUGACAACAGCCCCACGACACUAUCUAGAAUAAACAGUCCUGGGUCUGAUCGAAUGUCUAAAUCCGGCUUGAUCUUGGCUAAAGACUAUUUUCAUUCCGACGUGUCUCCUCAUCAGACACCAGGAGAUCAUCAGCCCACAAGCUCUCCCAAUUAUUACACUUCCCAUAGGCAAUACUUUGAUAAGCAUGCCUACACCUUAACAGGAUUUGCUCUGGAGCACCUUUAUGACAGUGAAACGAUUAGGAACUAUUCUUUGGGUUGCAAUGGAUCACACUUUGAUGUGACUUCUCACCUACGGAUGCAGCAAGAUCCAGCCCAGGGACACAAGGGCACAUCUGUUAUAAUAACCAAUGGGAGCUGA